UGUUGUGGAGAUAAGUACGCUAUUUAAACUUCCCAUUUUGUCAUUAAUAUUCUGCAAACGGGGCUAUUUUGAAACCACAUUGCAUGAUAAACAUGUUUCUCUCAUGAUGUCAGUUUGGUUUCAACAAUUGCACCAGCUGACACACUGUGCUCUCUAACCUCAUGAGUCAUGCGAAUGUGUUUACACUAAAUGCCAAUAAAAGACAGAGUCUUUUCCAUUGCGCCGUACAUUGCAGGUGAGGAUAAGUUAUACUUCCACAGGUAUGAAACCAGAGGUACAUUUGAAUCAAUGCAUAGCACUUAAUUCAAAUUGCUUGUUAAUAAAAACAUUUCUUUCAGGUGAGGAUCCUUCAUCCGUUGACUUGAGUACUGAGGAACAUAUUUUUUUUCUCAACAGGGGAGGCCACAGCAUAAUAUCGACGGUAUAAUUAUGUAUACAAAUGCAUCUUCUAGGGAAUUACUAACAAUGGUAUCAUUGGACUUAACUGCUACUCAAAUGUAUCCAGCGUUUGUAUUUGGCACACUCACCUAUCUAAUCAUUAUGUUUUGCAACUUGUUGGUAUUAACAACUAUUGCUGUGAGUAAAAAGCUACACAAGCCCAUGUUUAUCCUGCUGUUCAACUUGCCCAUUAGUGACAUGGUGGGUGCUACAGCUUUUUUUCCUCAGCUUCUUUACAGCAUUGUGACACAGAACAGACUGAUUUCCCAUCCUGCAUGUAUUACUCAGGCUUUUCUGAUUCAUUUUUAUGCUACAGGAAACUUGCUGAUCUUGAGUGCCAUGGCAUAUGACAGAUAUAUUGCUAUAUGUUGUCCUUUGAGGUAUAAUGCUAUCAUGAGUCCACAUAAUUUAAUCAAAAUUAUCAUUUUAAUAUGGUUUCUAAAUUUCUCAUUGAUGUUUACAUUGUUUAUGCUGACUGCACGGUUUAAACUUUGCAGGACGAAUAUAGUGGAUUUGUACUGUAACAAUCCGUCAUUAUUGAAACUGGUCUGUGAGGACACCAGAGUCAACAACUACUAUGGGAUGAUUUGUAUAGUCUUAAUCCAUGGGGGACCACUGGCAAUAAUAAUAUACACAUAUGCACAGAUUUUGCGCACAUGUGUCAUGACUAAUAAUACAGAUGCCCGGAGAAAAGCUAUUCAGACAUGUGGUACACAUUUAGUUGUUUUCUUAAUCUAUCAAAUUAAUGUCAGCUUUACACUCAUUGCUCAUCGCAUUGAGAAUUCAUCCACGUACUUAAGAAGGGCUCUCGGUGUGUCAAUUUUAAUAUUUCCCCCUUUUCUGGACCCGAUUAUAUAUGGACUGAAAACAACAGAACUCAAGCAGAGCAUGAUAACGUUCCUAAAAAGAAAUGUAGGUUCAACAAAGCUGUAACCAGUUUUGGCUUUCAUAUGAAAUAUUUUACAUUCAGCAUGAACUAAUGUUGACUUCAAAUCCAGCAUAAUUCAGUAAGAAUAAUCUGCAUACAAAAA